AUGGGCUCAGGAGAGCGUAGGAGCAAUUUUAAUGGAUUGCCAUAUCAGAAUAGUUUACCUAGGCCGACUUCUUCAGGGACAUUGAAUAAUGGCGAAGAACAAAUAUUCACUAAGAGACAAAAAUUGAAUGACACAAAGUCUUAUUACCCAAAUAAUGGCCACCAUACAGCUAUGAAUUAUGCUACUCCUCAGUCUCUUGAUGCACAAAACUAUAAUGCCAUCUAUGCUAGUUACCAGGGAGCCCCUCCCUAUAUGAAUUAUGGCCUAUCGAAGAUGUAUCAACCUCCAGCACAUCAACCAAUGCAAGGAAAUGGUAGUGUCAUGCAAAAUCAGUCAAACAGGUCCUCAUAUGCACCAUCUAAAUGGAAAUCGAAGCCCUUAAACUAUGGCCAAGAUUUUAAUGAAAGUCAACCUGUUCAGAAUGGUAGUGAAAGAUAUAAUGGAGGGCAGCACCUACCAGUCCAUGAGCGUAUAAGUUAUGAAGAUAUUUAUUCGUCACCUCCAAAACCCAGUAAGAGAGCAAAACCAAAAGUUUCCCGUGUGCAGAAGGUAUCCCACGGCAGUAAAGAUAAGAAAGAAUUUAGAGUGGUGAAUGUCAGCAGUAAGCCAACAACUUCUAAUGAGAAACCACGGGAGGGAUUACAUGGCGAUGAUAAGGAGAAUGAAGACGAGAAGGAGAAUGGUGAUGUUAAUGAGGAUAGUAACGAAGAUGAUGACAAUGGUGAUGAUGAUGAUGAUGAUGAUGAUAAUGAUAGUGAUAAGAACAUUGCUAUUUCGGGGACAGCCAUCACGCUUGUGACAGAAGAAGACAUCAAGAAAUGGAGAGAGGAAAGAAGAAAGAUGUGGUUAUUGAAAAUAUCGAACAAUAAAAAGAUGCAUAUGGACAAAUUAGGCAUCAGUGAACAAGAAGUGAAUAAUACGAGUGUCCUAAAAGACACUAAGAAACAGAAACAGUUUGUACAAAAUAUUCAAAAUCAAGUCAGAAGAUAUAAUCCGAAGGCUAAUUUGGGUCUUAAAAUUGUCCAACGAGAGAUGGCAAAUGAUAAUACCAAAAUAUUGAAGUUUAUCGAAGAAUUGGGAGAAGCUGGGAUUUUGGAUCAUGAACUAACGCAAGCUGAAAAGGAGGUGUUAUUUGGUGGCUCGAAUGAUAAAGAAAGAGCUGGCCAUUACUCCGGAAAUAAUAUUAAUAAUAAUAGAAAUCGUCCUGGUAACUAUGAAUAUAAUGGACAUGACAGAAAGUUUUCUGGGAGUAGAUUUAACAAUAAUUAUAAAAGUGAUAAAAAAUAA